GCUCAGAACCACUGGCUUUUCUGCGCCAGGAAUUUUCAACCCUGACCUUUUCACAAUCCCUGCUCAGGACAGAGCUCCGCAGGCCGGGGGCGGGGGCGGGGGCGGCGCUUGCGCCUGUGCCUGGUUAGCAAAACCUGCUGGACACUGGGCACUGUCUUCAUUGUCCUCCCAGCCUGGACGGAUGCUCACAGCGCCCUGUGGACCUGAGGCCCCAGAGAGGUGAGGACAGAGGACAGGCUGCAGGGAGAGCAGCCUGGACGGACGCUCACAGCGCCCUGUGGACCUGAGGCCCCAGAGAGGUGAGGACAGAGGACAGGCUGCAGGGAGAGCAGCCUGGACUGACGCUCACAGCGCCCUGUGGACCUGAGGCCCCAGAGAGGUGAGGACAGAGGACAGGCUGCAGGGAGAGCAGCGUUUUCCUCCCGCAGCGCAAGACACAUCUGCCAGACGCCCCGCCACUGUGAGGAUGGAAAAGAGCCAGGAGAGCACGUCGAAGGUGGCAAGGAGAGAGACAUCUUCAAUCUGCCAAGAAAGUCGUUUGACCCCUGGGAACACCCCCAUUUCUCCCGUGAACAAGAGGAGAUCGGAUUUGGAGCCACAGUGGCAAAAACUCGAAGCUGGUGUUGGUUUGCAAAGGGAUGGCGAUGACAUUCCUCCAGGUGAAGAUGUGGAGCAACAAGAUGGAGAUCUGUCCCCCGAAGAAGGAAUAUUUUUGAAAGAGUUUCCCAUAAAGAAAGCGGAACUAGAAAUGGCCAUCAGAAAGUACCGUGCCCUCGCAGACGACAUCGACAAAACCCACAAAAAUUUCACCGAGACCAGCCUGGUGACCAACUCGGUCGCUGUGGCCUCCGGAGCCCUGAGCCUCCUGGGGUUGGCCCUCGCUCCGGUCACAGCCGGAGGAAGCCUGGUGCUUACAGCUGCUGGUCAAGGUUUGGGGGCAGCUGCUGGGGCCACCAGUGUGUUUACCAGCAUUUUGGAAUACCGUCACAAUAAACAGGCCCAAGCUCAGGUCAGCCGCGAAUUGUCUGCCCCUGACCCAAAGGUCGAGGAGGCUGUGGCCUAUGCCGUGAAGGCCGGAACGACUAUCUAUAACUGUGGGAAGACCCUCAAGGGCAUCAAGAAGAACGUCAAGGCCUUGCAGGUCGCCAGAGCCCACCCGCGCCUGGCCGCUGCCGCCAAGCGUCUCCUGGUCACUGGCGAGGCCUCCACCCGCACGGCCAGGAGGGUGCAAAGGGCCUUUAGAGGCACACCGCUAGCAAUGGGGAGCAGCGCUUUCUUGCGGAACACCGUAUUGAAUGGCCUCUUCCUGGGCAUGGAUUUGGGCAGCCUCCUGAAGGACUGGCAGCAGCUGAAGCAGGGAGCCAGGACCGAGCUGGCGGACUUGCUGAGGGCCAAGGCUGAGGAGCAGGAGAGAGAGCUGGCAGCACUCACCCAGCUCUAUGAGGAGCUGCAGAAACUCUUGCAGGAAAAAGGCCUUAGGAGCUCAUCUUCUGAGGAAGCCACGGCGACUCUAACUCAGGCCCCAGCCAAGCAAGGGGAAGCCGGACCCCGGGCCGCAGCAAUCGCAGGAUAGGAUCCUCCUUUGUGCACAAAAGGAUUCACUGGAACCUGCUCAACCAGAUUCCAUCAGGGAAGCGAGAGGCCCUGUCUCCCCAAGGCCCCAGUUCU